GUUCCUUCAGAAAUAGAAGCACGCGGUGAAAACGCACAGCUUGCUUAUCAAAGUGCUCUUAAAGAUGGAGCUGUUAAUGUUUACCGUAGUCGAGUAUUGCUUAUUGGCCAGGAUAGGGCAGGAAAAACGAGUUUAAAGAAGUCUCUCAUUGGUGUACCAUUUAAUCCAAAAGAAAAAAGUACUAAAGGAAUUGAAGUGGAUCCUUCAAAAUUUCAGUUGGACGUUGAUGAAGUCAGGAAUUGGCAACCUAUUGAUGAGAGAAAACAAGGGUUGCUAGGAUGCUUGAAAGAUGUGGCUCAGAUGGUGGUGGAAAAGAUGUAUGAUAUUUCAGUUAGCCGUGACUGGGUUCAGGAGGAGGAAAGAGGCAAAGCAAAGCACACCAGUGACCUUCAAAAUGAUGAUAACAAGAAUUGGGAUCAGGUUGGUACAGAUGGAGAAAAGGAAGAAGAUUCUCUUUUGAACCAGGUUUGUCUGUUUCUUUGUUGGUUUUGAAAUGCGAUGAUUUUUUCGUGAAGCCUUUGUUACUGCAAGAACGUCCUAACAUUGCCAGAGUUAUUAUGAGUUAUUAUGCCUUCAUAAGAAAGGUUUUAGUUAUAAACUCACCACGGCUUCCCUGUCUUAUGCUAUGUCCGUAUGGAAAAUAUGUGAUAAUUUCUAAGAUCGUUUUCUACCGCGUUUUCCGGUGCUGGUUACAAAAAAAUUAGCGUUGUUAUACCAGUACGUUGAGUUCAAAUUAAAGUAAGUGUAGCUAUGUCUUUAUUUAGAUCUAUAAGGAAAGUUUUCGCUUAUUUUUCUUUUCUUAGUUGUUAAUUUCAAUUUCGCUGUGGGUAUCCUUUCAGUUUGUUGUUGUUCUGACGGCAGAGCUGAGGAGGUGGAAGGCGGGGGAAGGGGGUGUGGGUGCUUUUAUUGUAUUUCAUUUCGGCUUGUUUACCAUUCACAUGGGCAAACCAUUUGGUUCACGGUUAUUUACUUUAUUUAUUUUAUUUAUUUACUGGGUCACUCACAAAACCUUAUACAACACGAACAAAAGGUGUUAAUUAAAUUAUAAAAUUAAUGUGACAAGGAAGUCUAACGAAGCUUGAAGCUUAUAUUAAUAGGCUUCCUUCAACUACCUAGUGAAUUAAAUUCAUGGCUGAGUGCAGAGUGAGCAAGAUCAGAAAAUUAAGCGACAGAUCGGCCAUCAGUGAGAUAAUUCUUUAAAUUUGUUUUAAAAAACAAAUAUAGAAGGAGAGCUAAUUAGUGAAACAGGCAACAAAUUCCAGAUUUUAGGUCCUCGGUAAAGGAUACUGAAUUGCUUUAUGUUUGUUCUACAAAAAUGAGGUCUUUACUGAGAGGCUAGUCGAGUUUCGUAUUAAAAAACUUGAUUACUACUUAAGAAAAAGUCACGAAAGCUACGAGGCAAAAGAUUAUGGCGAUAAGAAUACAUAAAGGUAGCGACAGAAAAUGAAUUAAUACUAAAUAUGUCAAGGGCUUUAAGCUGGCUAAAUAAAUGGGCGGUAUUUGCUAGAUAGUGGGCUUUUGAUAUGAGCCGCACUAGACGCUUUUACAAAAGGUAAAUACAGUUUAGGUUGGAACAGUAGAUGGAGGACCAGGCGACAUUACAGUAUGUUAAGAAAGGAUAUACAAGGGAGUAAUACAAGGUCAUCAAAGUUUGGGAUGAUAGGUAAAAGCAGGCUUUCGCAAUAAUUCCCACACUUUUCGAAAUUUUUUUGAGACGAAAUCAAUAUGUGGUUUCCAAGAGAGAUGCUGAUCAAUGAGAACACCUAAAAAUUUUGUCUGCGUAACUUGCUUGAUCACAGUAUUUUCCAGAGUAAGAGGGACAUUAACAUUGACUUUCUUUUGUCUUGGAUGAAAAAUCAUAAAAUUUGUUUUAGUCACAUUUAGAGAUAACUUAUUCACUUUAAGCCCAAUAAUUAUUUUUGCAAGUUCAUUGUUAACAAUAGAAACGAGGUGGUUGGCAUCUUUAUGGGAACAAAAGAUACUUGUGUCAUCAGCAAACAGUAAAGAUUGAGUGAGACUAGAGACAUUAGGAAGAUCAUUAAUGUAAAUAAUAAACAAUAGAGGUCCAAAAAUUGAGCCCUGCGGGACGCCACGUAAAAUUGUCCGCAGAUAAGAUCGAUGGGACCCAAACUGGACAAAUUGAGUCCGAUCGUCAAGAUAGCUUUUGAUCCACGCCAAAGCAGUAUCCCGAAUACCAUAGUGUUGCAGUUUUUGACACAAUAUUUCAUGAUUAAUAGUAUCAAACGCCUUAGAAAGAUCUAAGAAGAUGCCUAAAAUUGUUUCAUUUCUGUCGAUAGCUGAAAGAUAUGUUGUUGAUCAAGUCAAUUAACGCUAAUGCAGUAGAAUGAUGAUUACGAAAUCCAAAUUGUUUCGAGUAUAAAAUAUUAUGCAAAUUUAAGAAAUUAAUCAGUCGGUUGUACAUGACUUUUUCAGAGAGUUUAGAAAAGGCUGGAAGAAUUGAUAUUGGCCUGUAAUUACUAAAAAGUGUUGGGUCAUCUGCCUUAAAAACUGGAAUCACUUUGGCUAUUUUGAGAGAUUCAGGAAACACACCAGUCGACAACGAAGUGUUUAAAAUGGUUACAAGAGGCUGCGCAAUAUUUUGGAAAGACUGAUGAAUUAUCUUCAUGGAUAUAUUAUCAUGUCCAGGAGAUUUGUUAGCGUUGAACGAUUUAACAAUAUUGUUUAAUUCACCGACCGUUAGUGGUUGCAAUGAAAUGGAUUCAGAAAGAAAGCUGCUAAAGAAAUCCUUGGGUGAUGAAUUUGUGGAAGGAAUUUUGUUCGCCAAAUUUGGCCCUAUAUUGGUGAAGUAAUCACAGAAAUUAUUGGCAAUGUCAGUAGGAUUCCUAAUUUCCAUUUCAUUUUCGGUGAAGCUUGCAAGAUACGGUGAUUUAGCGACACGCCUGUUGGUUGGUUGGUUUGGGUAAAUGUUAUCAGAAUUCAGAUCGGGUAAAGUUCGCUCCUGAAUCGCGUUUGGCAUUUGUACAAAUCAGUUCCAUUCACCAAAAAAUGACCGGGAAGGCCUGAAACUGCAAUCAAAGAUGGCCAAGAAAUGAAACACGAAUUUUUGUUUCGAUCACUUCGUCGAGAGAAAAAGGACAACCUUCUUAAAUGUUCCUAAGGGAAACAAGGCAAAGGGAAAAAUAUAAGAAAAAGAAAAGAAAGCAAAAAAACUAAAAAGAAAAAAUAAAAAUGUACAAUAAUAAAAAAAAAAACUUCGUUCCACCGGGAUUCAAACUUGCAACCUAACCCACCAGCUCAUAGCUUGUCUACUCCUAUACCACUUGGGCCACGCUGCCACUCAGUCAGUAGACGGGUAAAAUUAUUAGCUUUAACCCAAAUUUUAUCUGUCGUAAACGUUGUUUGAAGCUGGUGGAGCUGUUUUUAUCAUGAAAUUUAAGAUGCAUUUUGAAGGAAAUAAGUUUAACUGUUAUUUCAAAGCCAUUUUGCAUUAUUUCGGUGUUAAUUCACUGUCGGGUUCAAAGGGCGAUCGAUGUAGGGAACUGAAACCAGUCUUUUAUCCAUCGGUCAUAGUCAACCGAAAGAACCAAUUCAUUGUGGGUUUCCCUCCGAGUAAAAUGAAUUCAAAGGUAUAGUAUUCAGGGAAAAGCAAGGUUCUGACGGUAAAAAAGACGAACUGAAACGCACUUCUGACAAACGAAGAUAUCCGGCCCACGACCUAUUAAGCUGUAAAAUCGUCUGCGAAGUGAGACGCAUUGACAAAAUAAUGUUCUUUUAUCUCGAUUUUUGCUCUUAUUUAUUUGAAGCUCCUGCUCCAAAUUGCUUAACUGUUCUCUGUAAAGUAUUUUAGCAAUCGAAAGUAAUCGCCAAAACUUGGUCGCCAAAACGGCCGCGAAAACAGUCAAAACAAUGUAUUUACAUUUAUCAUAAUUACAAUCACUCCCUCUCUACAAGGCUUAUAUGCUCGGAUUCGGUCAAGGCUCGUAAAGGUUCUUAAUGUUUCAGCUCACAGACCCCACUCUUACAUUAAGACUUGGGGCUGUGGCUAGUGUGGCGGGCAAACCGUAAAAAGCUGUAUUGAAGAUAGGUUUUCUUUUCGUAGGGAAUUCUAAUUCUGAUUCUAAUCUAUGCUGAUGGAGGUUCUUGAUGUCGUCAUUACAUUGCGGACACCAUCGGAUAUAUACAAAUGUACAAAUGCAUGGGCCUAACGAGAUUGCAAGCCGCUAUGACCCACGCGCAACAAAUUAUAAACUCGCUUCGAGAGAACAAAUUCAUCAGGUACAGAAAUAUUUUAAAAAGUUUAGAACCUCGAUUACAUUUUUACAGGCCACAAUGCUAAUUACAAUAUUUAAAUUGUUCAAUUAAUUAUAUACAGAAAACCUUUUUCCAUGAAUGCUGUGCCUUACUUGAUAUUGUGGUAACCGUGCUGUUCAAAACUGACUUAAAAUCACUGACAGGUUCUGCUUGCCUUAAAGUUUCGGGAAAACUAUUCCACAGAAUAGCACCACUGUAGCGAAAACUAUUACGGAGAUAAUUUGUGCGUGGCUGUGGAAUAGUUAGUUUAUUUACAGCAUCUCGAAAAGGUAUGGAGUGUAAGUACUCAGGAGCAAGGCCGUUGAGGGAUUUAGAAACCAUGAAGGCUUUUUGAAUGUCACACUGAGUACUAAGAUUUUUCCAAUUCGAAUUUUCCAGCAGCUGUGAUGCAUGUGCGUCAUACAGUAGUUUGAGAAAGUUAGGGCCUGCGCUGCACGAUUUUGGAGUUUUUAAAGUUUGUCUGCUAGUUUUGUACCACAGUUUUCCCAAACAACAUUGCAAUAGUCGAAAUGCAGCUGAUUCGAAUUUUUGUAGACAAGAUGCAAUGUUCCUUGGGGAACAAAUUACCUGACCCGUUUGGUAGCUGCAAUACCAGAGGCAAUUUUUCUAGCCAACCUCUCGAUAUGGCUGCACCAAGUAAGGUUUGCAUCGAUAAGUACACCCUGAGAUUUUGACGUUGAUACCUGGUUUACGGGAGUACCAUUGAUGUUCAGAACAGGAGUCUUGUUAGCGAUCAGCCAUUUGCUGAUAUUUUGCAAGUCUUCAUUCAAACAGGACUGAAUGAUAUUCACAUCUUUAUCAGCAUAGGUAAGAUGCGUAUUAUCGGCAUACAUUCUAGGAUAAGAGCUAGAUUAGCAAGCUGGUAAGUCGUUUAUGUGUAGCAAAAACAAUAGAGGACCCUUGAGGGACACCACAUUAGAGGGAGCAUGUUUGGAAAGUGAACAUAGUUGAGUUCGAUUUUCCAAAUGUGACUUAAACCAAUUGUAAGCAUUUUUUUUAAUUCCGUAGCCACUUAAUUUAGACAGCAAUAUCGUGUCGUCUACCCUAUCAAAGGCCUUUUUUAAAUCUAGAAAUACUACUUCUUUAACAGCGUUAAUGUUUCUAUGAUCGAUAUCAAAAGCCGAGCUAUCGGUCGCCUCUAGUAGAGCAGUGACCAUAGAAUGGAUGGAACAAAAUCCGGAUUGACUUUUUAAAAUAAUGUUAUGUUCUGAUAGGUACGCGUAUACCCGAUCGUACGUUAUUUUUUCGAAUACUGGAACCUUAGCACUGGAGAGAUUAAAGAAAUGGGACGAUAAUUGUUCAUAUCACUCGAACUUGAAAAUAGAACCUGAAUGCAAAUCAAACAGCCAUUCACGUAUUAGUCUCGCAGAUAUUUUUUAAGAGUGAAAAAAGUUGACUGCUGUUUGUUGGAGUAAAAUAGAACGUCUGGUCAGCGAUGUUAAGAUAUUCUAGACAACUACUGUUGUCGUUAGCUGCCGACGGGAUCUUAUUAGCAAGUUUUGGGCCUAUUGUGGAAAAAUGUUCAUUAAACGCAUCUGAUAAGUCAGUAAGAUUGGUACUAGAAACACCGUUUACAAUUACUUCUUUAACAAGACGAUAUGUUAUUGUUGAGAUGUGAGUUCAAAAAGUUUUACUACCCAAUUUUAAAACGCAGUUAAUGGAACGUGACUCUUCUGGCCUCGUGUCACCUAUUGGUGCGGUCCCUAAGAAGCACACUUCCGAGUGGUGGACCAUUAUUUACCACCUCUCGUACCAAGAGGGGACAGGCAUUAACGAUUAUAUUCCUAAUGACCCCUAUUCCCUUCAAUAUGUUCGGGUGGACGACGCCAUUCGGGUCCUUCAGUCCCUGGGUCCUGGGUCCUUUAUGGCUAAGAGUAAAGACUGACCUAAAAUCUGCCUUUCGCCUUAUCCCCAUUUACCCCAAUGGCUGGCAUCUCUUAGGUAUAUACUGGAAAGCCCAGUAUUUUGUCGACCCGUACCUCUUCUUUGGUUUCCGCUCCGCCCCUUUUCUGUUCAAUCAACUUUCAAAUGCAUUAGAAUGGAUUCUGCGCCAUAAUUAUAACCUCAAGAACGUCCUCCACAUCUUGGACUUUUUUAAUCCCUUAAAGUUCCCGCUUAGAAUGCUUAACUUUCACUCCUAAAAUGCACGCUCUUGCGCGUUUUUAGGUCCUUGCGCGCCCCAGUGGUCGCCUACGCAGCCUACGCAGCCUCCUUUAAAGGAUCGGUGGUCGGUUCGCCUGGUAGAACGCCUGUCUCUGAUCGGGACCCUCCAGUUUGCCUGUAAGGUCGUCAUCCCCGGUAGAACGUUUUUACAACGUAUUAGGAAUCUUACUCGGGGCGUUCGUAGUCGUUUCCACCAUAUCCGCCUUACCAAGAAAACUUUUCUUUCCGGUUGGAACGGUCGCUCUUUUAUUUUCUGGAUUCCUCUGUGACGCCUUCUCCCCAUAUAGAAAUGUUCACCGACGCUGCAUGCACUGUCUGGUUCAGAGGUGUACUUUAAUGGGAAAUGGUUCCAAGGACGGUGGCCCCCUCACAUGACGCUUAACAAGAAAACUGGUAUAGCAUCGAGUUUCAGGAACUUUUCCGUAUCGCUGUGGCCUGCGCCAUUUAGUAUCCACAUUUUUCGGAUGAUCUCCCUCAAUUUUGGUGCAACAACGAAUCUGUGGUCGCUAUUAUAAAUUCGGAGCAUUCGAAGGCCCUUCUCGUUAUGGACCUUCUCAGGUUCUUAACCGUCCUUCCCAUGAAACAUAACUUCCUGUUCGAGCGCGCCACGUUCCCGGGGUCCUAACGAAAUCGCUGACGCUCUGUCCCGCUUUCUGGAGGAGCGCCCUUCAGAGCAGCUGCACCCAAAGGCCAUCGGGACCCUUGACCCAUUCGCCUUCAUUGAUAACCCUUUAAGGAAGGAGGUUUUUAAGUACGCCAACUGGGACCUAGCCUGGAGAACGAAUCGCACUCAUGGCUCUGGAGAGAGACGUUUCAUUCCCUUUUUCCUCAUGCAUCGUCUCGUUCACGGUAGUGGGGAUCCUUCCGGCUUCAGAGUGCGCUUUUAUUUAUUUUGCUUCUUUCUUAGCACAGUCGGCUCGCCAUAGUACCAUUAAGCUCUAUCUCGCUGCUAUGCGAAAUCUCCACGUUUCCUGCGGACACAGCGAUCCGUUGGCUGGUAUAAGCUACUUCCUAAAAAAGUAGUUCGGGGUAUCCUGCGUUAUCGAGGGCAACAUUGGUUUUUGCGUCAGCCAGUUACCCCUGGGGUUCUCCUUGCGAUACGUCCUUUUCUCCAGUCCUGGUUGGGCAACAAUUUAAGACUUUCAAGGGUGACUGGGCCGCUUUUACCCUCGCCUUUUUCGGUUUUCUCCGUUGUAGCGAAUUCACAUACCAAGGGGUUCACAUAUGUUGUUCUAGAUUUGACUUAGAUACGGGAUGUGUGUCGUUUUUUCCCAGUCUGGCUUCCCCACAACAGCUAGUUGUUACACCUCGUUCCUCUGUUCCUCUAAGACUGAUUCCUUUCGGUUGGGUCAGUCCCUUAUUAUUGCUCGCUCGAGUUUCCCGAUCUGUGCGGUUACCGCUAUGCAGCAUUAUUUUCAGCUUGCCGCAUCCCCUCCAGGUUCUCUUUUCUCUUUCCAGUCCAGCAGGCUCCUUACCAGGUCAGCGGUCUUUCCCUGCUACGGGAUACUGCGCGUCUUGCAGGGCUUCCUUUUCAUAUUCUUGAAGGUCACAGUUUUCGCAUUGGUACCGCCUCUACAGCCGCUGCUGCGGGCCUGCCAGACUGGCGGAUUAAAUUCAUGGGUAGAUGGUCCUCAGAUUGAACACCUCAUCAAGUGUUGCUUUCUGCAGCCUUAAAAAUUGGCAGUGUUACUCUGUAAAUAAGGCUUUAUUUUGUUUGCUUAUUUAUAUUAGUAUUAGUUUUUUGCUUGGGGGAUCCCCUCCUCGCGUGUUUCUGUGGCGUUUAAGUCUGCGUAGCGACUUCCCCAAGCUAAGUUUCUUCUAGCUUAUUGUCCGUUUUUUCGGUUAAUUGACCUGCCAAUAUUUCGGUCCGACCAAGCAGCGCUUGCGAGAUAGGUAAGGCACGAGAGAUCCUUCUAUUAUUCACGUGUUAGUUAGGUUUGCGCGUUGCUGGCCUAGGUUGCAGCUCGUAGCGAUUUAGUUUUUCUUGUGACCUGUCAAUACUCUUCUCGGGAGUGACGCGUUGCUGGCCUAGGUCAGUGCUGCGGCUGCGGUGCGUUGUUUUAUUGUUGCGUUUUGGUGGCCUAGGCCUCAGCUCAUAGAGCCAGUGAAGUGAGGCCUUAAGAGAGUGUCUCUGUAAGAGCGGUCCGGUCGAUUUUCCUUGAGACACAGAUUUAGCUCAUUUCUUGUGUGUUGUAAGACAUUCAUGUACCUAUACUAAAACCACAAUCCGUUUGAUCGGAUCUCUUUAUUUUUCAGAGUUUUACGGAAAUUAAAUUUCACUCGAGCGAAGGCCUGUCGUGACACUUUUCAAGACGUUAAUUUGAGGCAACUUUGCCGGACAAUUUACAACAAACUACGGAACUCAGCAAAAAACAAAUACCACAGCCAUGUAUAUUAACACUAUCUUAUCCAUCGACGCGACAUUCGUGAACAUCACGUUUCAAUCAAGCAAACAGGAAGACUUGAACGACACCUUAUCGGUUCGCUUAAGUCACACACGCGAAAACCGAUCAAAUUCAAGGCACAUUUUUGAAAAAGUGAGGCGUUGUUAACUGAUCCAACUAAUAUAGCUAGGAAGUAGGUGCCAUAGAAAAGGUAACUACGGAAAAAAACUUUGCGGCCCGACCUUUACUAAAACUUUAUAACUGCGUGAACUUACCUCAUUUUCGGCAACCUCCAAGUUUUGCCGCCAUUUUGAGGGACUUGUCAACAUGAAGCGUAGCAGAUAUAAAUCGAGCAGGUAGAUCUAAAACAGUCAGAAAUAUAUACGAAAGCAUUCAAAUGAACUUCACUUUCAAUUCAAGGGGCAAAAUUUGUCACUGUUCGUUAAACCUACCAUUCCUACAUCCCCAUGCGACCAUUUCUUCCAACAAUUCAAACAUUACAACUAGUGACCACUAGUGUUCGAAUUUCCUUGUCGAUUCCACCGUAAGAAAUAACCUGUGCCCCCAAGCUUCGACUCGAAUGUGAAGUACGAAUCAAACAAAUAACUACGUCAUCUUCGAGGCCAUAUCACGCUGGUAUUUUGAUUUUCUGAUCGACAAGAACGGUGAUCAGGAGGUGAUCGCCAUGUUUACCUCAUAAAGGUGACCGCUGACCAGCCGCUGAAUGAAAACAGUACGGCGCAGGGUAGUGUGGGUGGCGGACUUAUCGUGAUAAGAUAUUCGAAUACACGCUAAAAAAGCUUUAGGACUCUCAGUCUAAACAGUGAAGGCAUGCUUCAUGGUACAGACAACUUUUAUUUUAUCCUCAUAACUUUUUCCUUUAAAUUAGAACUGGUAUUAAUUAAUAGAGUUAUUUAAAUAUUUUUAACCGAGGUACCCAUAUGAGCUUUUUUCUUGUCCUCAGUAGUAUAAAAUAAGGUGUCUUUUCUUCCAGAACCUUUUAUUUAUGCGUUAUUGCACGGAAUGAACACUAGACUUAGAAGGUUUGUUCUAAACCAUUUUGCUGUUCCCAAGAAUGUAUGCAAAAUUAUAGCUUUAUACAAAGCUGACUCUAAAAAAUGAUUUUCCGUAACAGUAACCAAUGUCAUUUAGGUAAGGUGUUAAUAAAACUAGCAAUGUACAAUUUUUAGCGUUUUCCACUUAUAAGCCUGACAUACAAUUGUCAAGUGAACUAUGUUAGUUUCAACUCAUUCCUUGAUUCGAUGUGACCUUUUAUCACUAAACCCCAUUCUUUUCAUUUGCAAUUUUCCUGUACUUUUUUUUUCAUAUGACAACGACAAAGAGUUUUAUAAGUAAACCGAUUCUUUGGUGUACCACUCUUAUUACGUUGUAUAUUCAAAUACAUGCAAAAGGCCGGCUAAAUAAGUUCUUCCCUUUGCUCCUAAUUUUUUGGGUUGCCUUCGCCCCAUGCCUCUGCACGACUCACUGUCGGCUAAAAGGAAAUUUGGAAGACUGCUAUGUAGGACACAUUUUUUUUUCUCCAUUUACCCUUUCCAUUUUUUUAUAAGUGUGUAAAGAUAUAAAAAACACGAAGGUUUUUACAAGUAAACUGUUUUUUUUUUGUACCACUCUUAAUAUAUACAUAUACUUUGUUCUCACAAAAUGGUGGCUAAGAACGGCUAAAUAUAUACCUACUUGGAAAUAAAAUGAUGCUGUUUGGUUUCUCGUUAAAACAUUACGUAAGAGUGACGCAUGUCCGUUCAUCCGUUCAAAUUGUGACAAAACCACCUCACAAAGUCAAAGCAAAAGAGAAAAAAGUGUAAUUUUCAUAGCCAACUUACAACCUCUCCUUUAUAGACAGCUACAAGGGCCAUUGGGUCACUGCUUGAUGGUGUAAUUAUCCUUCCACUGAGCACUGGAAUUCAUGGGUCAUUUCCUUUAUUUUUGACAUCAGAACAGCUUUGAAAUCACUAGAUUUAAGCUGGGUUGAAAAAUCCUCAUCCCUUACCCUUUCAGAAGACGGCAGUACCAACGUUAUCGAGAGACAGGGUAGCGAACCUUUCCAGUCGAAUUUAAGUGAAGGAUGGGCACUUCAUAAGCCAAAAGGUGGCGCUGUUCGCUUCUAAGAGAAAGUAAGGCAGUAUCUCACCUCAAGUUUGAAAUUGGUGAGCAAUCUGGAAGUAAAGAGGAUCUGCGACAAGUCUCGCAAGAUAUGAGGAAAGCAAAGGGGAAAACAGGGGAGCGCCUGUUUUCCCGGGAAGAGUGGCUGACCAAAGCCCAAAUACAAGGAUUUUUUCUUCCGUUUGUCCUCCUCAAGAUGGAGACGGGCAGGUUCGUCUCCGAGCACCGCGGUUGACGAUAAAUCUGACGAGGAAUUAAUUGACGAGGAAGAAGUGAAUCACAUGACCACUGUCGAAUCAGUUGUAACAGAAAUUGGCUUGACGCAUCCGAUGGUCUAUGACAUUUAUGACUUGUACGUGUGACUACGUCAAGGAGGGAAAAUUGAACUAUUUUACUGUUUCCAUGCUUAAGAAAAUCUGUACUUUCUUCGAGCUCCCAUUUAAAUGGAAGUCGUGCAGAGGCAUGGCGCGAAGGCAACCCAAAAAAUUAGGAGCAGGAGGAGGAGCUUAUUUAGCCGGCCUUUUGCAUGUAUUUGUAUAUACAAUGUGAUAAGCGUGGUACACCAAAAAAUCAGUUUACUUAUAAGACUCUUAGUCGUUGUCGCAUGAAAAAAAAGUACAAGAAAAUUGCAAAUGAAAAGAAUAGGGUUUAGUGAUAAAAGGUCACAUCGAAUCAAGAAAUGAGCUGAAGCUAACAUAGUUCACUUGACAAUUGUAUGUCAGGCUUAUAAGUGGAAAACACUAAAAAUUGUACAUUACUUGUUUUAUUAACACCUUACGUAAAUGACAUUAGUUACUAUCACGGAAAAUCAUAUUUUAGAGUCAGAUUUGUAUAAAGCAAUGAUUUUGCAUACAUUCUUGGGAACAGCAAAAAUGACUUAGAACAAACCUUCUAAGUAUAGUGUUCAUUCCGUGCAAUAACGCAUAAAUAAAAGGUUCUGGAAGAAAAGACACCUCAUUUUACACCACUGAGGACAAGCAAAAAAGCUCAUAUGGGUACCUCGGUUAAAAAAUAUUUAAAUAACUCUAUUAAUUAAUACCAGUUCUAAUUUAAAGGAAAAAAGUUAUGAGAAUAAAACAAAAGUUGUCUGUACCACGAAGCAUGCCUUCACUGUUUAGACUGAGAGUCCCAAAGCUUUUUUAGCGUGUAUUCGAAUAUCUUAUCACGAUAAGUCCGCCACCCACACCACCCCGCGGCGUACUGUUUUCACUCAGCGGCUACGGCUUAAUAGAAGGUCCAAUAGCUUCCUAUGGUCAGCGGUCACCUUUGUGAGGUAAACAUGGCGAACACCUCCUGAUCACCGUUCUUGUCGAUCAGAAAAUCAAAAUACCAGCGUGAUAUGGCCUCGAAGAUGACGUAGUUAUUUGUUUGAUUCGUACUUCACAUUCGAGUCGAAGCUUGGGGGGCACAGGUUAUUUCUUACGGUGGAAUCGACAAGGGAAAUUCGAACACUAGUGGUCACUAGUUGUAGUGUUUGAAUUGUUGGAAGAAAUGGUCGCAUGGGGAUGUAGGAAUGGUAGGUUUAACGAACAGUGUCAAAUUUUGCCCCUUGAAUUGAAAGUGAAGUUCAUUUGAAUACUUUCGUAUGUAUUUCUGACUGUUUUAGAUCUACCUGCUCGAUUUAUAUCUGCUACGCUUCAUGUUGACAAGUCCCUCAAAAUGGCGGCAAAACUUGGAGAUUGCCGAAAAUGAGGUAAGUUCACGCAGUUAUAAAGUUUUAGUAAAGGUCGGGCCGCAAAGUUUUUUUCCGUAGUUACCUUUUCUAUGGCACCUACUUCCUAGCUAUAUUAGUUGGAUCAGUUAACAACGCCUCACUUUUUCAAAAAUGUACCUUGAAUUUGAUCGGUUUUCGCGUGUGUGACUUAAGCGAACCGAUAAGGUGUCGUUCAAGUCUUCCUGUUUGCUUGAUUGAAACGUGAUGUUCACGAAUGUCGCGUCGAUGGAUAAGAUAGUGUUAAUAUACAUGGCUGUGGUAUUUGUUUUUUGCUGAGUUCCGUAGUUUGUUGUAAAUUGUCCGGCAAAGUUGCCUCAAAUUAACGUCUUGAAAAGUGUCACGACAGGCCUUCGCUCGAGGGAAAUUUAAUUUCCGUAAAACUCUGAAAAAUAAAGAGAUCCGAUCAAACGGAUUGUGGUUUUAUUAUAGGUACAUGAAUGUCUUACAACACACAAGAAAUGAGCUAAAUCUAUGUCUCAAGGAAAAUCGACCGGACCGCUCUUACAGAGACACUCUCUUAAAAUGGUCACGCACAGAAGUCGCUUGUCACGCCAACCGCCGAGUGGUGUCCCCUAAAUUACGCCAAAUUUGUCUCGUUGUCCUUACUUUAACUAAUAAUAAGUGUUAAAUAGUUAGUUGCGCAGUCUCAAUCUUUGCCGGAACCGUGACAUUAAUUUAGAGUUUGCCAGGUGCAUCGAGGGUCAUUUUUCUGUUCAGUAAAUGAUUGUUUGUAAUAAGAUUCCUCUGCAAUCUUGAUAUCACCGUUAACUUGUUGCGAGGUCUUUUAAAUUCAGCUUAUAUGUCACGUUCAUGCAUUCCUUUUUUUUAACUCUGAAGUAAUCCAUGGAGAUCUUUUUGAACGGAUCCGUUUUGUUCGUAAAGGAGUAUGGGUGUCAACAACAUUUAAGGGCUUAAUUUUCCACUCACGCCGCAUGUCAUGUCGUGUUUCAUUUACUUUCCAGCUGGAUUUUUCGGAAACUUGUUGUAACUGGUAAACAGCCUUGGUUUUCUUACUAACCUUAGAAUAAUUUGCAGAAAAGAAGUCCGCUAGCUAGAAAAUAUGACGACGAAAAUUUAUCGUCAUUUACAAUUCGACGGUCAUUUUAUUGAUAACUAAAAAACACUCAUUUUUUUGUUAUUCUUGUGCUCACUGUUUCUUGAAAAAGGCAAAAUCUUGUUAAUGCUUCGGAUACCUUUUAUAACCCCAUGCCUCCAAUGGUCGUCCCUUGAUGUUUGAUCUAUACAUGUAGAGGAUAUUACAUGGCCGCUUAAAGAUAAGGAAUUUCUCUCCUCGUGUUGAACGAGACCUCUAUAAUGAGGUUUUAUUGGGCUGACAACUGUAUGGUGGCCGAGAACUGCCACUGAGUCUUCGGCACAUUUUUUCUUUUUUUUCUUUAUUAUAAGUAGAUUGAAUGUAAAACAAAAUGAAAACAACAUUUAAAUCAAAUAAAAAUGCAAUAAAAUGUAAAACAAAAUGCAAGUCAAAUCUCAAUCAAAAUACAAAUGCAAUUAAAUUUAAAAUGCAAAGUUAACUCCAUUCAGAUUAUAAUUGACUGCACUUUAAAAGAGAAUGCAAAACAGAAUAUAAGUAGAAGUCAAAGUCAAUUAAAAUUCAAUAAAUUUUGAAAAGAGAAUGGAAAACGAAGUUAGUGGCAGUGCUCGGCCAUGCGAAGAUUUACUUUCGUUUGAAGUAAAAUUGAAAGUAAAUUAUUCGCGUGGCCGAGCGCUGCCACUGCCAGACCCGCCCCAGGCCUCCAAACCAAUACCAUAAAGCCAUGCGCGCGUUUUGUGUGAGUCGUCAACAUGGCGGAGUGGAGGCGGUAUGCCGCCAUUCAGAAGGCUAAGAGAAAAGGCAAGAAAACAGGAGAGGAAAGCACUGUGGCGGAAGAAAUAGUAGUGCAGAGAAUGAGUGCAGAUGUAUCAGGCAAAAAGCAGAAAUACACUAGGAUAGGGCCCCAGGAAUACGUGCCUUUUCAGCACGAAGAGAUAACGAUUGCGAACAUCAAAGACGCCUGCAAGAAGCACUUCAGGCCUCAGGUCGAAAAAAAUCUUAUCUGUGACGUACUGGCUGGAGAGCGCGGGCCAUCUUGCGAAAAGAUGGCCCAUAUUCCAAACCGAAAAGUGUUCUAUAUAUGGUUUAUAAAACGCGAAGGAGUGGAGGUCGUUUCCAAUGAGGAUGGAUCGUUGGAAUGCAAGGUAAUAGCACAAUAAACCCGUAAUAAUAAAAAAGAAUCACGGGUUUUAUUUGCACUUUGGAUUUGGAUUAUGAACUCAAGACCUUUCUUCUAGGAAUUCUGAUAAGGACAUUUUAGGUAGUUGAGGUUUUAGUCACAGUAAAAUAAUCUUCGCGGAAGCGUUUUGUUUACUCACCGGUUUACUCGUGGUGUAUAGAAAUAUCCGUGGGGAGUGACUUUUUGCAAAGCCACUGUUUGUAUUAAAGUUUAGAAAACGUUUUAAUUGCAAAAUUAAACCAAAUCUGCAUCUAGCCGUUGCUUCCAGCACAUUAGAUUAUUGGUACUAUUUGAUACUAUGAAGUCCCAGGAGGAUUGAAAUUUCCAGGAUAGAAUUAGAAAACUUUUGUUCCCUGAUUCAUAACAAUCUAUAGUUUUCUACAUUCCACUACAAGGUUACAAAUCAGCAUUCUUAAACUCAUUAAUAAUUCGUAAGGUCGCAGGGGCGGAUCCAGGAUUUUCCUUAGGAGGGGAUACACCAAUAAGAAAUGGCGUAACUGACUGGUGAUUUAAAGAAAUUUUCAAAGCGAAUAUGAAGAGGCUUCAUCUCAGGGGGUUGGGGGAGGGGGUGUUCACCCCCUGCACCCUCCCCCUAGAUCUGCCCCUGGGUCAGCAGUCAAUAAGAUUUAUUUAGGUGAGGUGGACGGAUCUUGAUACCCAAUACCAAUAGUUAAUACUAAUUAUUUUUCAAAAGUCAGCACUUGGCCCUCAGCCUUGUGCUUUCAUCAGUUUCUCUGUGUUUGUCUGGAACCCCUGAGUAAAUACUCACCCCCCAUUGUCGAUAAUUAUAGAACUUAAAAGUCUGGCAAAAUGUUAUAUCAAUUUUUGUUUUAUCAAUGUUCAAGAUAGCAGUUUAACAUGGUUGCAAGUUCUUCCUUUUGUUCAAAUAAAACUCGUGAUUCAUUUUGAUUAUUACGGGUUUAUUGUGCUAUUACCUUGCAUUCCAACGAUCCAUCCUCAUUGGAAACGACCUCCACUCCUUCGCGUUUUAUAAACCGUAUAUGGAACACUUUUCGGUUUGGAAUAUGGGCCAUCUUUUCGCAAGAUGGCCCGCGCUCUCCAGCCAGUACGUCACAGAUAAGAUUUUUUUCGAUCUGAGGCCUGAAGUGCUUCUUGCAGGCGUCUUUGAUGUUCGCAAUCGUUAUCUCUUCGUGCUGAAAAGGCACGUAUUCCUGGGGCCCUAUCCUAGUGUAUUUCUGCUGUUUGCCUGACACAUCUGCACUCAUUCUCUGCACUACUAUUUCUUCCGCCACAGUGCUUUCCUCUCCUGUUUUCUUGCCUUUUCUCUUAGCCUUCUGAAUGGCGGCAUACCGCCUCCACUCCGCCAUGUUGACGACUCACACAAAACGCGCGCGUGGCUUUAUGGUAUUGGUUUGGAGGCCUGGGGCGGGUCUGGCAGUGGCAGCGCUCGGCCACGCGAAUAAUUUACUUUCAAUUUUACUUCAAACGAAAGUAAAUCUUCGCAUGGCCGAGCACUGCCACUAACUUCGUUUUCCAUUCUCUUCUCAAAAUUUAUUGAAUUUUAAUUGACUUUGACUUCUACUUAUAUUCUGUUUUGCAUUCUCUUUUAAAGUGCAGUCAAUUAUAAUCUGAAUGGAGUUAACUUUGCGUUUUAAAUUUAAUUGCAUUUGUAUUUUGAUUGAGAUUUGACUUGCAUUUUGUUUUACAUUUUAUUGCAUUUUAUUUGAUUUAAAUGUUGUUUUCAUUUUGUUUUACAUUCAAUCUACUUAUAAUAAAGAAAAAAAAGAAAAAAAUGUGCCGAAGACUCAGUGGCAGUUCUCGGCCACCAUACCGAUCUUUUCAUGAGCCAAACCUAAUUCGAAUUAAUGCCGACCCAAAUUAUUUAGACCGGCUGAAUUGAUUCAGACGCCGAUCUUAAUUGCAGCUGAACUAAGUUCAAAAGGCGAAAAUUGCUCAUUUUGGUCAAACUGCUUGCAAAAUACGUUAUAACAAUUUAUGCAUUAGGUUCGGUACAUGAAAGUGCGGCGUCUGAAUCAAAGCCGUUCCAAAGUCCCUUCAAAGGCGAAAUUAUCGGCCAGGCUAGGCGAAAAGAACGGCUGAGCCAUUCCAAACUGAAACAGGCGUUCCUAAUUAAUUCAGACGCCGAGCUUUUCAUGUACUUAAUUCAAUGUAUUAGGUUCGGCUUCAUGAAAAGUUCGGCGUCUGAACCGGGCCUUAAUUCGCCUUUGCCACAGGCUGCCCACAAAAAGCGAUUUAUUAUGUGGCCAUAGUAACGGUGAUCUUUUCACCUGUGAAGAUAUUGACUUUUUGCUUGAAAAGUCACAUGUUAUGUCAUUGGUGUUUUUAUAAUAAAAUAAAGUAGUCCCCGUCAUUAAUGAUAAUUAUUGCUUAAUGAAGGAAACCGCCAUUUUUUUCAGAAUUAGAAUCAACAGUUAAUUUCUUUUUCGUACUCUGUUACAGGUUGGUGAUCCAAAAGAAGACAGUGCUAGUGAAUUUUCAUUAACGGAACCUGAUCAUGAGUUAGUGGUUGAUACUACUUUACCUUCCAAGGAGAUCAAGAAACGAGCCGUACAGUUGAUAAAGGAAAUACAAGGUAAAGGUGUUGAGCCUGAAGAAUCUGUUGUCAGUAUUGAGCUGUGGGAUUUUGCUGGACAACACCUGUAUUAUGCAUCCCAUCCUGUAUUUUUAACAUCACAUGCGCUGUACAUCUUGGUGUGCAACCUCAGCAAGUCAUUGUAUGACACAGCCAAACCCUGUGUGAGACAAGGAUCUCUUAAUGUUGAUUUGGACAACCCAAAUGCAGAAACAAAUCUCGAGAAUUUGUUGUCUUGGCUGUCCACAGUACAUAGCGUCGCACAGAUGAGAAGAGAAACCUGCGAUGACCCAGAGGGAAAUCUGCCUCAUCUGCGCCCCCCAGUGAUCAUUGUAGGAACCCAUGCAGACAAACCAUUUGAAGACAUUGAAACAAUGAAAACAGAAAUCCAGAACGCAAUUGCUGGUAAGGACUAUGAACAACAUGUGGUGCGACCUAUCUUCAGCAUUGACAACACUGCGAAGUUAAUUGAAAGUAAGAUCAAAAAGGUUUUUAGGAAAGAUGAAAGCAUUGAUAAAAUUCGAGCUCUACGGACCAAAAUCAUGGAAGUGCUAAGAGAGGAGCCUUACAUUGGGGAGAGUAUACCUGUGAGGUAAAAUUUAUUCAGUUAAAACAGGAACAUUAUUCUACUGUAAUAGAAUUUAAAAAUUUCAGGAUUCUAUUUUUUUGAAGAGUCACACUUCUGUCCAGAAAUGCACGCAAUGGCGAAUCUGGCAAAUAAUCGCCAGAGGGUUGGCAAAAAGCCGAGUUUAUUGAGAGAUCUUUCACAGAAAAUCAUGCGCCGAUGUCCACCAAUUUUCUUUUUUUAUACGAAUGAUUACAAGAAAAUAGAACCUAUCAGCAAAAAUCAUUUCAGCCUUAAACACCAACAUGUUUUAAGACCAGCUGGUGUAAGUAAUUCAGAGCACUGAGGAAAGGAAUUUUCAGCAGUGAUACCUGCAGGCUGGCCAAGAAAUGACAUUCGUAAAUAUGAAUUCAAAAGCGAUAGACACCAUGGUCUUCGACUUUUAACGGUGAAAUGACUGUCCUUUUCUGAUGAAUGGCUUGAUAUACAUAAAAAUGUCGUCGUCGAGGUCUGCAUGACAACGGCUUAACUGGGACAGACAUGUGCCAUGAGCUGAUUUCCAGUUAUCGUCAUCGUCCCAGCGCAGGUCAAAAUAUUUAACUUUUUAGACAUGCGCUAAGCAUAAAAUCAUAUGCUUUGACUUUCUGACGGCUCCUCGUUAUAGGUACUGCUUCUAGACAAUAAAAGCUGUCACAGUUAUUAAUGUAUGACUUAGCUAGCAGUCAUAAAAAACAAUAUCCGGCUGCUUGACACAUGUUUACUAUGUACUACAGCUUUGCCUGACCCAGGGGCGUAGCUGCCUUUAAGGCAUUGAUCCCGCCGGUUUAACAUAAAUUUCAUGUGAACCAGAAUGUAAGCAUGUCAACAGGGCGUGAAACUGCAUCUAAUUGAUGCACCAAUGUCUGUCGCAAUGAAAGGGUUAUGCAAAAUUGGCCCAUAAUACAUAAAACAAAAUCUGUCGCUAAACUCUGACUUUCUGCUCGAAUCAUAAUAGGUUAAGUACUCGUAAUUGUGAAGGGUCUCAGCUCUUACAUAAACAUCUUUUUUUGUUUUUGUUUUGUUUUUUAAUCCUGGGGAACACCGGUUAAUGGUAUUGUCGACCACCUGAGAUAGUAUCCAAGAACCUCCAAUCAGAAAAGGUUUGCAUACCUUUUUCAUGUAAAGUAUGUUUAUUAUACAUUGAUCUAUGUUAAACUCCAACAUCGUACAGAUCAAUCCAUUUGAAUGGUUCUGUUCCUUAAUUUCCUUAAAAAAUCUAUCUUAAAAGUAGAUUCGUUCUGCUCUAUUUAGCUGCCAUAACUCGAAUUUCAGAGCCAGUUAAGUCUUAUGUGACUGUAAUUUAAUUUGAAAGGGCUCCUAUGUCUUCUUCUUUCUUGGCAACUUAGCAGAUACACGGAGCACAGCAGUAGUUGAAGUCCGAUCACGACUAAGAAAAUCGCCACUCUGUUCAUUUUUUCUCCUCGCCAUGUCGUUGACGGGUUCACUGAGACUUCAAAGACAUUUUUGCACUACGAUAAGGGCGAAGAUAUACGUGCAAUCUAUGAUACUAAGAUGAUGAUGAUGAUGAUGAUAAUAAUAAUAAUAAUAAUAAUAAUAAUAAUAAUAAACAUUUGUAUAGCGCAUAUACAGCAGCUCUAUGCGCUUUACAAAAUAUUCACACGAUUGUAAACAAUAAAAAUUAAAAAAAUAAAUUUAGAUAAAAAUUAAUUCUUGAAAUUGAUAUUUAAAAAAUAGGUCUUCAGCUUAGACUUAAAAAUUGUAAGAUUGUCAGUAGAUUUAAUGUCAUCAGGUAACUGAUUCCAAACUCAGGGGCAGAGAUGGCGAAAGCCCUGGCACCAUAUGUCCUCAUGUUAUAAUCAAUCGGGCUAGAAGUAAGGCAGAUGUGAUCGAAGAGUGCGAGCAGGACAAUACGAGGUUAGGAGUUCUUUGACGUAAGAAAGCGAUGGGUUGUGGAGGCCUUUGAAGGUUAAAAGAACAAUUUUAAAUUUAAUGCGUUCGACAACGGGAAGCCAAUGCAGUUGCAUCAAUACAGCAGUUACGUGAUCGAAUUUUGAAGAUGUCACUAAGCGCGGAGCAGCAUUCUGAACGGACUGUAGUUUCCGCAGUAGAUGUUUGUUUGGGGAUGCUAUAAAGCAGAGAAUUACAGAAAUCUAACUUCGAGGAGACAAGGAACGCAGUGAUCUUAGGAGAUAAACACUUCCUAAUACGAGCAAUGUUCCUCACUUGAUAGAAAGCUGUCUUGCAGACGGAGAUAACGUGAGGUAUCAUAGAAAGAAUACAGUCAAAAAUACCACCAAUGCCUCUGACAUGUUGGGAGGGCUGGAUGAGAUCAGCACCGAAACGUAGUGGGAUAAAAGACUUCUGUGGACGGUAUUUGGAAUAAAAAUGUAUCAGUUCCGUCCUAUCUUUGUUUAAUUUAAGCUUGUUAACAGUCAUUCAUAAAUGUGUGUCAUUUACGCAUUUUUCGAUGUUACCCAUGAUACAUUGUAAUCCCAAGUGGUUGUCGCAGGAGAAAGAAGCAUACAACUGGGUGUCAUCAGCGUUAAGAUGGAAAGCCAUUUUGUGGCGUCGAAGAAUGUGGCCACAGGUGAUGUGUAGAGAAGGUGUGUAGAGAGUGGGCCCAACCCGGAGCCUUGGGGUACGCCACAAUUCAAUUCAUGAGACAAGGAUUUAUCCAGGUCGAUGCAUACAAGCCGAGAGUGAAGAGUGAACUACGCAAACAGCAAUUAACUGUGACGCUUUCCGACGCAAUCAUUUAGCACGUUAUUAUAGUUUUUUGGGAAAAAAAGAAAAAAUACAAAAAUUUAUAUGUUACUGUACCGUUUUUGCUUUGUUUUACUUUGUAUUUAAGGGCAUUUUCCAAGUAAAAGGCCCCGGGGGCUUAUAGAGCUAUUUAAAAAAAGGUUGCUUUGGUAAUUGGACAUUGGGCAUGCAUUUGUGCAUAUGGAACAAUGCCAUGAUUUAUUUGAAUAACCACUUAACAAUAGCUUCCCAAUGCCCAAUCCCCAAAGCACGAAGCAAUCUUUACUGAAUCAGCUAUGUUCGGAGGGGCGAUUUAACGGAGGGUUUUUUGCGUUACGUUUGGGGGGCUUAUAUUUGGACGGGGUCAUUUUUGGAAUUUUACGGUAUGGUCGAUAGUGUCCAACGCCUCCGAUAAAUAGAGUAAUAACAGAACCACACAACAAUGGUUAUGACAACCGAUGAGGGAUAGAUUUGUUCCCCUAACAGGUAGAUAGGAGGUAGUGACAGAGCUCUUGUCAGAUUUGGGACGCCUACCACUAAUAGCUUGGUUUUAUCAGGAUUUAUUAGAAGCGAGUUCGCACAGCACCAGCUUGAAACUUCUUCGAUGUCACUGUUUAGGGCAUCCACAGCCCUACUCACAUUGCAAGGAGGCAGUGAUAAAAGAAUCUUGGUGUCAUCAACGUAUCCCAUAGUUUGACAGUUCUUACGGACGGACAGAAGCUCAUUAACAUAAAGGGUGAACAAUACAGGGUCAGGAAUUGACCCCUGGGCCACUUCCACCGUUAACUGGAGGGGAUCGGACAGAACAGAACCUAGCUUGACGGCUUGAUGAUGAUGAUGAUGAUGAUACCUUUAUUAAAGAGUCAAAACUGUAAUAGCGGUGUAUAACCACUAAGUGGGGACACUAAAAUAAAUUUAAAAAGAAUAAAUCAAUUAAUAAAUUAAUUAAAAUUAAGAAAAACUAUGUACAGUAUAAGUAAGUGAGAAAUUCGAGAGAAUUAUAUACAAUAUGUACAAAUGCAUCCAUUAUCUUAUAAAAAAAAUAAGAAAUAAAAGAUUAAGAAGUGCAAAAAGAUCAGUUAGAGCAGUUAUGGUCAUCUAAUAGCAUGCUAAGAUCCACUUUUCUGAUGUUAUAUUUGAAGGAGGACAACGUGGAAGCUUUUUUCACGUUACUAGGAACAGAACUCCAUACCUUUGGGCCCAUAUACCUGAGCGAGUUCUUUCCAAAGGAGACUGUGUUGAAUCUGGGUAUAGUGAAGUCAUGAUUGCGCAGUUAAUACUUAAUUGCAGGCUGUUCAAAGAGAGUGCUAAUGUAUGUUGGGCACAUGUUGUUUUUAACUUUAUACAUGAGAAUAGCUAUGUGCUGUAGUCGCCGGUUGUGUAGAGUAGAUAGCCCAGCCAUAGAUAGUAAUUGACCAUAGGACGAAUGUUUAUCACAAUAUAUAGCCCUAAGUGUUCUUUCCUGGAUACGCCCUAGUCGUCUAGAAUCACUAGCACGGCAAAAAUGCCAUGUAAGAUGACAGUAGGUUAAAUACGGGAGAACAGCUGCCUUAUAUAACUGUAACUUAGUUUGUGUGGGUAUAAGGUUCCUGAGCCUCAUGAGAACGCCUACCCGCUGGGCGCUCUUCUUAGAGAUACUACUUAUAUGUUCAUCAAAACGAAGAUUGUGAAAGGUUUGAACCCAGGAGUCAUAUCAAAAGGUUGAGUUUGAUCGUGCGGGUGAACGUAGUCCUGAAUAGGAUUGUUGUUGUUGACAGUGACUGACGUUUCGACAACCUGUGCGGUAGUCAUCUUCAGAGUCAAAGUGAGUUGUGUCACGUCAGUUGAUGGUAUUAUACUCUGGUUAUUGAUCUGAUUGGUCAAUUAUGUCGCGAUGUUAUUGGUCGUCUGUCAGUUAAGCCGUGAUGUUAUUGGCUAUGAAGACUCGUAAUAAGUGAUUGGUGCGUUUCGGUCCGUCUAUUGUCACAGUUAAACAGUCGUCUAUUGUUAGUCAAAUUGUCAGUUCUCCAGUUGUUCUCUCGUAGUUAGUUUUGCUUGAUCUCGUCAAUAAGUCGUUUGUACGGCGCUGGUAACUGUUGGCUACGAUUCAGUGGCGUUUGUUCUAAGUUAGUAAACCAGCUUUCUAAAGUAAGACGUUGAUAGUAGUCUGUAGAAUAUGUUAUACAUGUCGCAGAGUCCCAGUCAAUUUGAUGUUUCGUCUUUAAAUGGUGCUCAGCAAUGUGAUUGUUGACGUCACCAUUCCUGGUCGCGCGUUUGUGUUCGGUCAGUCGCGUGCUUAGGUUUCUGCCGGUUUCACCAAUGUAAGAAGCCUGCCAGUCGCAGCAUUUGAUCUUGUAUACUGCUCCCUGUCUGUCCUCCGAUUUGUCUUUGUCCUUGACAUUAGUAAGCAGUCGCCGUAAAGUGGUUAUCGGUUUGUGCGCAACACGUAUAUUGUAAGGUUGUAAUAUACGUGCAAUAGUUUCAGAGGUGCCUCUGAUGUACGGUAUAGUCGCUGUCGUAACAGGGCCAGAGUUUGUCUGAGAGUUGGAAUCGGUGUUACUGUGAGUGUUCCGUCUAACAAAGUCCGUGUUGUAAUUGUUCUUACUAAAAACGUUGUUAAGAUAAUCAGUCUCGUCUUUUAGGCUGUCAUGUGAGUCGCAAACUAGUUGUUAUCGAUACAGACACCUAAUAGCUUGAGACAUUCAGUGGAUCUGACUUCAUGAUUGUCAAUCAUAAUACUGUCCUUCCUCAACCAAGUGCCAUUGUCUGGUACUUGUCCAAAUUUCCCUUUAGUAAAUUAGCUCUGUACCAUGAAGAUGCUGACUCAGCGCAAACAGCAAGAUCAUCAUGCACAUCAGAGAGGGUGCUGCGAACGACAUAAAACUGGUGGUCAUCUGCAUACAUAUUCAUGUUCGCAUCAACAGUAUAUGUCAAAUCGUUUUGGAAGAUGUUUCAGAUGAGAGGUCCAAAUGCAGAACCCUGUGGGCAUCCCCUGGUGACCCUCUGCCACUCGCUCACUACAGAUCCUAGCUUGACCCUGUGAUAACGGUCUGUGAAGUAGGAGCCCAUCAAUCGCAGACUUCUUUCCUCAACACCAUAAGCUUUAAGUUUUGCAAGUGUAAGUGGAUGGUAAAGUGAAUCGAAGGCUUUGCUCAUGUCCGUGGAGAGAACACCCAAAACGUUAUGCUCAUCCAGAGCGAAUUUCCAAUUCUCAGUCAAAGACAAGAGAGCUGUCUCACAGCAAUUGUUUUUCCUGUAAGCUGUUAGUUUGUCGCACAGUUUGUUAUUAAAACCAUAACUGAGUUGCUUGCUGAGUAAUUGUUCAAAGAGUUUGUUUACAGUAACUUGUACAGUUAUGGGUCUGUAUUUUCCCUUUUCAUGGGGAUCUUCCUUCUUAAAAACGGGUGUCCAUUUACCCCUUUUCCAUCCCAAGGGCCACUCUCCGAGGGUUAUACAUGAAUUAAAUAGUGACGUCAAUGGAUUUGUUAGCUCAGUAGCUCCAAGCUUGAGCGCCAUGGGAGCGAUGCCGUCCCAGCCUGUACUCUUCCUUACAUUGACGUUUUGCAGCGCCUUUCCCCUAACCGGUAGAUAGGGGGUAGUGACAGAACUCUUGUCAGAUUUGGGACGCCUACCACUAAUAGCUUGGUUUUAUCAGGAUUUAUUAGAAGCGAGUUCGCACAGCACCAGCUUGAAACUUCUUCGGUGUCACUGUUUAGGGCAUCCACAGCCUUACUCACAUUGCAAGGAGGCAGUGAUAAAAGAAUCUUGGUGUCAUCAACGUAUCCCAUAGUUUGACAGUUCUUACGGACGGACAGAAGCUCAUUAACAUAAAGGGUGAACAAUACAGGGUCAGGAACUGACCCCUGGGCCACUUCCACUGUUAACUGGAGGGGAUCGGACAGAGCAGAACCUAGCUUGACGGCUUGACUACGCGAGGAAAGAUAGCAUUCAAACCAGGCAUGAGCGGAGUGGGACACACCCAACCAAUGCAUUUUUUAAUGGUAGCAGAUCAUGCCGAACACUAUCGAAUGCCUUCGACAUGUCCAGCAAAACCACGAAGGAGAUCUUUUUUUGGUAUAUGUUGUUUAAUAGUUGGUCAGUGUAAUGUAACAGCGUGGUUUCAGUUGAGUGCCUUUCUCUAUUUUCACUCUGUAGACAAGAUAUUUUAUCGUUACUAUGUAAAAAGUUCGCAAACUGAGAGUGAGCCCUCUCACAGACCUUAGCCAUCAUUGGGAGAAGGGAUAUUGGCCGAGUAUUACUGUAGGUUCUUCAGGAUCUCCAGACUUAAGGUUGGGGAUCACCUCUGCUGAUUUCCAGUCUUGGGCAAAACAGCAUGAUGCAAACAAGGAAUUGAUGAGGUCAGUGAUCAUAGGCAGAGUGAUGGGCAGCCUGUCCUUAAGGACUCUUGCAGUGAUCUUGUCGUAGCCAGGGGCUUUGUUUGAGGCAGAUUCCCCACAAUUUUCCUGAUGUUCUUCUCAGUUACGGGUUGGAACUCCAAUUUGUGAUGAUCGACUACACCCAGGUCGUCGGAGAGUUGCGAGAUGGAAUCGUUAGGAUAAUCUGUGUAAAGGGCGUGUUUGUCCAAUAUGGUCCUGGCUUGAGCAGCUACAGUCUCCCCAACGGAAACGUGAUACUGAUUAAACUAGAAGUUCUCAUUGAGAAGGGAAGUGCUGCCGUUAGUUGCGAAGCGAAUAGGACAAAGACAGUUUGUAGAACAGUUGAACAUAUCAAUUCUUUUUUAUUAAAGUCAAUAACUUAGACUUGCUGGCAUUAUGAAACACUCAGAGCUUAAUAUAAAAAAUGAACCGAUCACUAUGACAAAUACGCUUACAUUCAUAUAACUCGCUAAGGUUUCAAUACCAUUUUGUAAUUCAUUAUAACAAUUCACGAAAUUCUAAAACAGCAGUGCUGAUAGGCUGUUUCUUCAUGGAACAAUCAUCGUACACAGAAUCAGUGAGAUAAGUUGCGAACAAAUGACGUACAGGCCAAAACUUGUUUAUUCACAGGUCAGGUAGAUGUACAGCACAUGCCGUUCACUUAUAUAACUUACAAUCCUGAUUACCGAGAUAACAAUCUGUGUGACAAAAGAAUACUCGCUAUAACUAAUCUUGAAACCUGAAUAAAAGAAAAUAAACCGAAAAAAUGUUCCGUACAAUACGUCUUGAACUUUUCUUACCGUUUAGGCCGUUUAAAAAGACAGCAAGCAUCCGAUAAACUACGAUUUCUGCACAGAUCUUACAUGAGAGCAAAACAAAAUGGCGGGUUGCUCCUAAGAAAAAAACCGGCGCGGCAGCAAAGCAAACCGCUGACUGCACAGCGCUGCAGUCACAGAUGACCAUCGAACCAAAAAAAUCUCAAAAUGGAUCAAGAAUAUGGUCUGCUGCCGGCUGACGCCCGGCAGCAAUUAAUUAGCUUGCAGGGCGUUCGCAGUGGUCAGCGGUGGCUUUUUGGAAGGGAGACAGCGAUUUAAGAUUUUCCAGAUGGAAUUUAUGAAUUUAUGUUGCCAUUGCAGUUUUUCAAUUCGGUGCGUACAUGCUCUUUUUCGGUGAUCCGAAUCUCUCGCUUCACCCCAUUGCUAAAGAAACGGUGCGCAUUUCAGUAAAGUUUGUCCUUUGAUCGAAAUGCUAAUUUAUGCCAAUUAUCGCGGGUUUCUAUUAAUUUUUUAAUCUCAGAAGUAAUAAAAGGAUGUGAGCGUGAUUUGAUUUUUAUGCGCUUUAAAGGUGCAUGGUUAUUUAGCGUGUCCAAAAAUAAAGUAUUAAACACGUCAACUCGGUCAUCAAAGUUGUCGAAAAUAUUGGCCACAUAGAAGGAAACGCGUGCUAAGUCAUCGAGAAAUGCCUCUGGUUUGUAGUUUUUGUAGCUCCUAGUGGUGACAUAUGAGGGCCGGGGCUUUGAAGCCUUGAGUUUUGAAAUAGAAGAAACAAGGCUAUGACCGCUUACUUCUGAGUUUGCCACGACACAAUCAGCAAUGAGAUUUUCAUUUGUUGUCAACACUAGGUUGAUUAAAGACAUUGAUGAUUCGGUUAUCCUUGUAGGUUUGUUGACUAGCAGGGCGACAUUAAGAGAGUUGCAAAAAUCAGUCAAGGCGCGGCCUUCAGGGUAAAUUGCAACCUCGUUCCCAGGGUUCUCUCCUACCCGCCCUACGGAGCGAGCGAGAGAGAGAGAGACCCUGGAAAACGCUGGUCACGUGGCCCCAGAACAAAAUUACUUCUGAGAGAGGAGUCCUUCGUCUCACAUUUUUUUGUCUGGUUUAUUCGCAACGUUCACGCAGUGAUCGCAACGGCAAGAUAGAUUUGCUAACCCCACUGCAAAUAUAACUGAAACUAAGGGAAAUUUCUGCCUAAAAAAACUAUCAGAUAAACUAGUGAAUUACCAGAGAAGGAAUCAAAAGCUAGCGUUGUUGCCGGUUUCACCGAUGACACCAAUCGAUAAAAAUCUACGAUCUUGAGUUAUACACAAGCGAGUUAAUUUUUUGAAGGUAAAAUCCCUGUAUGUUGAACUUCCAUAUUAAAAGUUUCAAUGUUUGUCUGACAUCGGCUGGUAAUCAGGCCAAAUAAACCUACACCAUUUGCGGUCUUAGCGGUUCGGCGUGACAAACCCCCGCGACAAAUCCCGACAAAAUAUGGCAGAGAGCAAGGAAUUCAGUUAAUACAUUUACGAUCAAAGUAAUAUUUUAGAUCUAGUGACUUCACGGAAAGCUAUAGCCUAAAAUGUCAGCAUUUCCCAUCUCCUAACCUUUGUUAUGAUGCGGCAACAGAACCGAGUAAAUAGAUCAAGGUAUAAAUAAUUUUAUACCGACGCGACAUGGAAGACAACAGGAAAUAGUAUAUAUAAACAGAGACAAAACAGACAACAUAACCUGCAUAAUAGUAGUCUUGAAAACACAUACAGAUACUGUACAUUCGUUUUCUAAAGUGGCCUCCACAACAUGACGGCAAUUCAAAUCUAGUGCGUUUCGGUAUGAAUACUACUACCAAGAUACCUAAAUUAUUUUUGACUGUACAGAUGGUGAAUCCUCCGCGAUUUCCGUUGUAUGUGCGAAAUGAAAAGCAUCGCUGAUAAACAUCCCAUUAACAUCCAGAUAUUCUGCAGGAAGUUACGCUUUCGCUGUCAAAGGUGCAUUAUUUUCGGCGUUUAAGAUCAGGUCAGGUACAUAGUUUCAUGGCUGCACUGACCUGUCUACGCUCUGUAGAGACAAAUCUCACACUUACCUGCCCCUUCCCCAAAUCGUUUGUUUGCAAUCUCCCAGAUUCUGGGAGACACGUGACCAGCGUUUUCCACGGUCUCUCUCUCGCUCGCUCCGUAGGGCGGGUAGGAGAGAACCCUGGGAAUGAGGUUGGGUAAAUUGAACCCGGUAAGACGUUAGCGUUUAUUAUUACGUCCAUACUCAGAAGCAGAGAGUCCAUUAGAGAUGUUGUAAGGUCGUCGAGAAAGCGAAAAAAGGGCACAGUGUCAGGCCUGUAAGCAGUGCAUAUAAGAAACGAUUUCAAAUUUCCACACUGAAUCUUAAGCCAGAAUUGCUGAGAGUUAGCGUACGCAGUCGUCGAGAGCUCACCCAUGACCAACGCUUUGUAAAGAUCUUGGACAUAAACAACAAUUCCACAUCCUGAUUUGUAUCGGCCUCUGUCUUAUCUAAAAACGACAUAACCGGGGAUAUUAAUGUCAAUAUUUGUAGUAGAGGGAUCAAGCCAUGAUUCGGAGAUAGCCUGAGUAUCAGGCGUUUCUGGGGAAAGGGGGAAAAUGGAAGCGAAAAAGGGAGAAAAAAUCUCUUCUCCCCUUGCCCCGUAGGAAGGCCUGAUACUCAGGCUAAUCCGGAGAUGGUAGCGAUUAUGAGUAAUUGCUUGUUUGACGAGAUGAAACUUCUCGCACGAAACCAUAGGCCAUCAGGCUUAAGCCAUGUUUCAGUGAUCGCUAAAAAUCGACAUGAAAGGUGCUGUCACGUCUCUCUAAUGACCUAGACAGAUAAGCAAGAAUGUAUAUAGACUUUAAUUUUCCGGAAGGCAUCAUUAAGCGUUAUGAAGGAACAAGUCUCACGAUUGGCAAAGUCUGCCGUCGUCCAAUAUGUUACCGUAUUUCGUCUCAUUUUGGCUAAACGGGUGAAACACUAAUCUCGGGCUUGAGACGGAAAGGCAUCAUAUUGCGAGCUUUGAUGUGGGCGGUGACGAGUCUCUGGCCUCAAAAAUGAAUACAACAAAGCCUGGCUGAAUACAAAUUGGCUAAAACACCGAAUAUUCGAAUAUUCUGAGAAACGUAUCGCUUCAAUUCACAAGAAUUUUUUACCUUCACUUGCAUUCAUAGGCUUUCUACACGAAAUAGGAUUCCUCUGCCUUUAGUUUUCCACUGCCCCUUUUCGACAGUCGAGUGUUCUUUAGGAUAUAAACAUUAUUUACUUUUCUCUGUUAGAGCGUAAUUAUGAGUGUGCUGCGAAGCCACAAUAACAAAACGCGCGGUGGCUUGGUUGGGUCUGUGCAACCAUAAUGUACCGUUCCAUUGAGCGCGAGAAGUUUCCGGAAUUUUUGUUGAAUGGAAAGCGCCCCAUGUGUCCCUUUCAAAACGGCUCGUCUACAUCCGGGAUCUUGAAUAAAUCGACUAUGUCAGCAAAGUUUACAUGUGAUGAUUUAUGUGGAGAAAGCGAGAGUUAUUGAGAGAGAGAGUAAUGUGAUGAUAUUUCGCCCGUAUUAAGUGUGAAAACAUUGUGUCUGGUUGGUUGUGGAUAGUUUUAUCAGUGCCGCGAACGUGGUUAAUUGUGUGAUUUCCUGAAGUUGUUGACAGACAGAUUUCAGGUAUGUCGUGGCGCUCGUGUUAUAAGAAUAUUGUGUACAAGCAUCAAAACGCUUUGUAGGUGUUUAGUUGAAGUGAUUUUGUCUUAGACAACCGAUUGUGGGGUCAAGAAAAGGUGAAUUCUAGGUCUGUUUUAGCCGGGCAUCUCGCUAUGGGCCUCAUAGUUUAAGAGACUGAAAGGUCAUCAUUUCUGUGCUUUUAAAUGUUGUUCAUUUCGUUGCAAAUCUAUCGCUUUUGCCAAGAGCAACUUUUCGUGUGUUGCCAGCGAUUAAUUCGUCCGUAUUAAGCCCUAACUAACGACUUUCAAGUGCUUUUUAUUGACCUCAAGGAUCAAAAUGUUAAAACGCACUUGAAAGUUCUGGAGGUACCUUUUAUCAAAUCCAGACAGAUAUUAAACAUGUACUACACAAAUGAAACGCCACCAGAGACCUCGAAGUAGCUGGCUAUCUUUACUUCAGAUCUUACAUAUCGACCUUCUGGCUUAUAAUAGCUUGUUUUCUAUGUUUGCAGGUCCAGCAAUUUUCUUUAUAUUUACUUAAAAGACACGUGAAUUUGACUUGAAUUUUGCUUCUCAAGCCAGUUCUUGUAAUUUAACGGUCAUUCGUGAAUAUUGCCUGAUGAGUGUGGCCAUUCUUUGACCACACGAAACAGCGUUGUCGCAAUAAAACGAUGAAUUGAAAUCUUACUACUAUAGAUCAUUAUAGUCACUGCUCCUCUUUCGGUGCAGUAGGAAGAAUAAAGCAAGAAAAUAAGGCUAUCAUGAGUUUUCCCGGGCUUGGCUGACUCACAAAGAGGACAAGACUUUUCGCAAUAACUACGAUACCUUUCCGUUAUUAAUUGCCACUUGCAUAGUAACCGGGUGAUGUUAACCGUCAUGUUUUGCAACUUGUGCUCUGUACUUUAGUCAGUACAGGUAUACUUCGCAGUGACAUUGAUACUGUAAGGCUUUUAAUUUUCCCUGUGCUUUUAUUAACUAGAUGGAUACACUUUGAGAAGGUGAUCAACGCUUUACUUUCCAAGUCCAAGCCAGAUUAUUACCUGAGUAUAACGAAACUACUGACCCAUGCCAAGGAGAAGUGCUUCAUCGAAGAUGAGAAAGAGUUUACGACCAUGGUGAAUUUCUAUCAUGACCUCGGGAUAAUUAUCAAGCACCGUAGCACAGUCAUCUUGAGUACUCAGUGGCUGAUAAACUUGUUCGGACAGCUGAUCACUAUUCCAGAUUUUAACAAAAUUGUAAGAAAUACAUUUAAAAAUUGUUUUAAAACUAUGGCAAUGGAUGCAGACGUAUUUUUGGUCGUUGCUUCUGCGACAACUAAUGAUACGUCUGCAUUUGCAGGCUAUAUCUAUCGAUAACCGCUGAAAUCACGGGUUCAACAAAAUCCCAUUCAUGACGAGGACUUACGUGUGAUCAGAACAAUCAACCUUUAAAGGUGUACAAUGCAAGUAAGUCGAAGCAAUUGUGAAAUCAAUGUCAACAUACAAGGCAUCUGCCAUGGCCAAAAUUCCGCUAUUAGUAAUUAAAGAUUAUCUCGUCCAAUGCUUCCCCUCUCUCACAAGUGUUUAUGCCGCAUCAAUUGGUGCCCACUAACAAUAAGAGCUGCUUAUAACCAAUUUACCUGCAAUUGUCGGCAAAUGUAGUCUUAAAGGAACCUCUCACAACAAAACAGAGUGGGAAGACAUAUAUACGUCUGCUGAAACCAGCAUCUUUUCAUGUCCACAAAAUCAGAACGCACUUUCAGAUUCUGGAAAUGAAAUUUGGACCGUAAGAAUCUUCCGGCGAGUAAACGAAAUGGAGGAUGCUGGCAUUUACGUGGCGCCUUAAAGAGUAUUAUAAAGGGUUAAAAUAUGAGGUCUGGUUCGAAGUCUAUGGUCUUUUUUCGAUUUAUUUACAGUUGUACUUUCUAGGCAGUCUUUCAUAACUUCCAUUUUAUAUGCUUCCUCGCUCAAAACUUUUUCCUUAAAUGUUUACUUGAAAUGUUAAAUUCCUUAUUUCUUUAAGUAAACUCACUAAAAAUUUAUUGGUGUGACAAUUUAGUAGUGUGUGAUCAUUCCUCGUGUUAUUCCGUCUUAGGUCCCUAGGUUUGGAAAGCACUGGAAGAAAGUCGAAAAAAGCGGUGUUCUCAGCAUGGAACUGCUUGAUCAUGUGUUUUCCAAAUUUCUUCUGAAGGGCGUUGCCAGGAAAGACAUUCUAGAUUUAAUGGAACAAUUUGGUUUGAUUGCAAAAUUUUCAUCUUUGAGGACAGGUGAAAAGUAUUUCGUUCCAUCUCUACUCAAAGCAUCGCCUGAUUCUCUGUGUUCCCUGGCGCCCACAAGGCUGGACCCUAGUCCCCUGUAUGUGUACUUCGUCAGCGGUUUUGUUCCCCAUGGUCUGUUCACUCGGCUUGUUUCUCGAUCUGUCCGUUGGUGUUCUGAGGCUGGUUCAACUCAGCCCCCUACCCUGUACCAAAAUGGAGCGUGGUUUGUUAUUGGAAGAGAAAUUGCCUAUGAUUUUGUUCUUAUCUGCAAGAAGCAAUUUAUUAAGUUUUUUAUCAGACAGAGAACCCCCCCUCAGCAGAUCUCUGUGGAUGGCACAAGUGAGGUGGCAGUGCAGGUUCGUAAGUUUGUGGAGGCAACUUUGCAAACUUUGUCACGUGAUGUCUAUAAAGGUGGAUUGCAGUAUCAUAUUCGGGUCGCCUGUCCGUAUUGUCAGCGGGAAAAAUGCUCAAGCCAUGAUCAGAUUGCAUGUUCUCAUGAAGAUUGUCUUCACCUCCUUGGGUUAAGACAAGGAGAUCCUCUGAUUUGCAAAAAGAAACUUGCAGAGGAGGUACUCACAGUCAAGGGGCAACAAAAGUGGUUCUCACAAAUAGCAAGUAAGGUAGGCAGCAGUGAAAUGCGAUCUCUAGCAGUGCUGUUAGCAAUCCAAUGCACUUUAUCAAACCUGGGUAUUAAGGGGACCUCUAUUACGCGGUCACUUACCAAAGUCCCGGGAAUAGUUUCCCUCAAUUAAAAAAACUGACCUGUGAUAAGCGGUCACCUUUUCCGAGGUCGCAACGGGCUAUUUUUCAUUGUCUUCAUCUCUAUUUAAACGGUCACUUUGACAAGAUGUACCGCACUAGUGCAGCGGAUACACUGUUUUUGGCGUUUGGUGGUCUUUUACAUUUUUUUCUUUUGGCACAAGUAGAGGAAGAAACAGUUUUACGCCAAUCUGUCGUGGGAUUUCGCGCUUUUACCAUUUUCAUUUUCUUGAGUAGCUCUUACAUUUUUCAAACCUCUAUCAAACAGUCAACCUGUAUUAAGCGGUCUGUACGCCAUUCCCCAAGGGUGAUCGCUCAAUACAGGUUGACGUACAGCUAAAAAUUAAGUCAUUAAAAGACUAGCCAUCUAUUUAAACCAAAAAAGCUUCACUGACAAAGUCUACGCAUGUGCUCUGUAAGGUUAUAGUAUGAUGUAUGUCUUCAUUUAUACUACCACACGCUUAUAAUUCUCUGCAGCAUAAGGGAAAUCUUGUAGUUCAGUUUCUGCCAACCCAGCAAACAUUACGUUAAAUCAAAUAUGUUGAUUGGAUCAAUUGGGUACCAUGUAUAACUCAAAGACCCAUAUUUCAAGCUCUUUAGCUCCUUGCCCUUAAGUCUUGAACUGAGAAUCCCUUUACAGUGGCCAAUUGACCUUUACGAAGAACAAUAAGAUGCUUUGUUGAUAUCGUGCAUACAUGAAUUACUUUGCUCUCAAACCCCCGCCUCAUCAUUCGCGAUGUGGGUCAACAGCUUUCACAUAUAGCUUCUUAUAUAUGACUUCCUAUGAGUCACCGUUGACAAUAAUUGUUAUUGGCGUGCAUGCGUAGCAGUAAGCAUAUAACUUUUUCCCAAGUCUUUUUUAACGUGCUUUUUAGCAUUAAGUUAUGGCCUCCAGCGGGUUGACAACAUGUUUUGCAAACUUUUGUUCAAAAAGGCCACAGAUGAAAAAUUUAUAUUUUGAAGUAAGCAAUUUUGGUUCCCAUGCAGGAAGCGAGUACUCCAUCAUUACCACCUGAUAUUGCACAAGUUCAUCCAGAGCGUGUGGUACUGAAAGUUACCCUUCUAGCGAAUGAGUGGGAGUCGUCCAUGGGUGGCUUGUCAACAAUAAACAGGACUCUUGCCAAAAAUUUGGCAAAAGACCCACACGUAGAAGUGACUAUUCUUGUACCUGAAUUUCAUUGUGGAGAAAAAGACAAGAGAGUGGCCAAAAGUCAUAACAUCUUCAUUAGGGAAGCAGGGCAUCUUCCUGGCUUUAGUGAUCCUCUUGACUCGUUGACCUAUCCACCAGAAGACCUUGACAUUCAGGUUGUGAUCGGUCAUGGAGCAAAGCUUGGUAGGCAAGCCCAAAUUAUCAAGAGGUAUCGUUGCUGCAAGUGGUUGCAGUUUGUGCAUACUGAGCCUGAAGAACUGGCAAUGCAUAAGAACUAUCAAAGCGCCAUUGCCAAGGGAGAGAAGAAGAACAGAGCUGAAGUGGAACUUUGUCAAAUUGCAGAUCUCGUUGUAGCCAUUGGACCCAAGUUGAAAGACGCGAUCUCGUCCCAGUUGCGCUCAUCUCGUCGAGAAAUCUUUCAAUUAACACCAGGUUCCUUUACAGAGUUUUCAGAUGUUGAGCAUGCUGAACAAGGGAAUGUGAAUUUCAAAGUGUUAAUCUUCGGUCGCGGUGAUUUAGAAGACUUUAUUCUUAAAGGAUACGACAUUGCCGCUAAAUCCAUAGUGAAAUUGAAGGACAGUUCUUACAGUCUUGUUUUCGUUGGUGCUUCCGAUGGAAGGCAGGAUGAAGUCACAAAAAUCUUACUCCGGACUGGCAUUUCAAAGAACCAGCUGAUUGUGAGAUCAUUUGUGAAAGACGAACAAAGAUUGAGAGAAUUGUUUUGUGAAGUCGAUCUGGCCAUCAUGCCAUCAAGAACUGAGGGGUUUGGUUUGACAGCAUUAGAGGCCAUGUCAGCUGGUCUUCCCAUUCUGGUGAGUGGAAACUCCGGAUUUGGAAAAGCACUGCGUGGUCUUCCAAUGGGUGAGUCAUUUGUGAUCGACUCUGAUGACCCCAAGGAAUGGGCAAAGGCAAUUGCAGCCAUCCGUCAAAAAUCAAGGACACAACGGCUUGAGGAAAUCCAAAGACUGCGAAGAAGUUAUGAGGACAGAUACUCUUGGGAGAGACAGUGCCAGGCCCUUGUCGCCAGAAUGUGGAAGAUGGUCCAUGGUAAGAAAUUAACUUUGCUAAAGGGGAGUAACUGCUGGGUCUCUCCUUUAGAGAAAGAGAACGACAGAGAACCGUCCAGCUAAAACUUUGGCUUAUAAUAUAUCACACAAAAUAAAUGGAGGUCUUCUCAGAUCGGAUCGUUUAUUUUUUCAAGAGUGACAAUUUUUUCUGUAAUUCAACGUUUCUUUCAAUUUUUUUCAGGCGUUGAAAAGACACAAGAAGAUGCCGUUCCACAGAAUGAAUUUGAAAACGAUGCUGCAAAAGGAUCGAUGCCUGGUGAUGUAGUUGUUUGUUUUUUCAAAUAAACCAAAGCCAAAAUUUAUUUUUGUUGUAGAGUGGGGUUAUUUUGUUCCUUUGAAACCACGGAAAACAUUUAUAUUGUGGGCUGCUUUUAGCUAUAGACCAGUUCAUCAUGUCCUAUUAAACUGACGUGAAAUAACUUCAUUCUUAUUUUAAUAAUUUCCUUCUGCCGUUUACAGGCGAACCCACUUUUCUUGCACUUCAACAAAUCCUGUUGGAAGCACGCAUAGAGUCCAGCAAAACUGAUCUGUCGCAGGCCUUAAAGAGAACUUCGCUGGAAAAAGGUUUUGCGAUUUCUGACAAUCAAGGAGAGGGAAACUGCAUGUUUUUUGCACUUUCAGAGCAGCUUGACCUCAUCAAAGGAAUUCAAAUGUCCCAUGAUGAUUUACGCCGAACUAUUGUUCAACACCUUUGGGAAAACCCCAGGCUGGUAAAUACCUUAUUAUAUUAUCUAGAGUGGAUUCAUUUGCCCUGGAUACGUAAGCCGUCGCAUUUUCCCGCUGAAAAUUUUUUUUUUAUUGUUUUUAACGUUUAAGGCAAUAAGGCCUUGUUCUGACGUCUCCAAAAUACGCGUACACACUUAGCGUAUUUGAUUUUUUUCCGCCCUUUCACAUAAAAACGCUGAAAUUAUUGAAAAACAAUAACAUCCCUCACAGAGCAAACGCAGUGCUAGUAGCCUAUAAUGUAUGACAUUAUCGUAUUAGAAACCUCUGUUUUCGUCCGUCGACACGUAAACAGAAACGACAAGUUGGCGGUUUUAAAAGUCCACUCUACGACCGCUUUCUUUUGGUGCCCAAAAAGGCCGUUUUCGUGUGGACAGAAGGCUAAAAAUACCCUGAUGCGCGUGGACGGGGCCUUAAAUUCCUGCAAGCAAAUGUGACGGCUUUACGGGUAUGAUGCAAAUGAAUCGACUCUUUAUGAGCAAAUCAACAGCUUGCACAAACAUCACGCUCGCUUGUACUUUGCUUCGUCGUCCACUGCACGACUACGACAUGAAACUUCCUAAUCCGACGUUUUGUGGAGGACCUCGAACGCACGGCGACGAAUUAUUGUUAUUGGAUCCGGAUGCUGGUUUUAGAAUUUAAAUCUAGGAAAAUUCGCCUACAUAUGUUAAAUUGAACAACGCUACAUGAGCGUAAUAAAGUUAAAAAGAACGCAAAUUCAUUUUUUUAAAUAACGUUUUCGACUCGGAGGCAUAAAUGGAAACGGAUUUUAGGAAAUCUGUUUUGAUCGCCUCGAUUUUCUGGCUUUUGUCCUAAGGGACGUAUAGGGGCACAGGUUAGACUCUAUUUUGCAGUGGAGUCUCAUUACUCUGAAGUGGAAUAAAAAGCGUCGAUGACGCCAUGAAUGAAAUGCGAUGUAAUCUCCAACAUAACGUCAAGAGCUAUCUUUAUGUAGUGUCUAAUUUAACCAGUUAUUCUUAUAUUUUUGAUGUAACUUGGAGGGAUCAUCUCCUUAUUUGGUGAGAAUGAUGUCAUAGUUAUUUUAAAUUAUGUGCGUCGUGUCCAUAUAAGGUCAUGAAACCACCUAACCUGUUACUUAAAAUCACUGAACCGUGACGCCUUCAUUGUCCAUUGCAGACAAUUUAGUCUAUUUUCACACUAUACUGGAUAGCUUUUUCGCCGGCACAAAAAUCGUACCAGUUAGGGCCUCUGUUCACAUACAAGAACAGUGAUUUCCGUCACGAAGCUGCGUCGUGCCGAAUAGGUGUUCAUACUAUACCGGACAGAUUUUCGUGUCAUCACUGAAGGUUAUCCGGAAAAGUGUGAACAAAGCUUUAUUGUUCCUGGUUUCGGUUCACUGACGCCUUCGAAGAUAAUAUAUUCCACUUCAAAAAGACGUCUAACUGAUGCGUCCUAUACUACUGAGGUGGACAUAUUCUUUCUAGUGCCGAUACUAAUGGUGUCGUCUUAGAGAGAGCUGACAGCGCAGCUGCCUGAAUAUAUACGUUCUACAAAAGCACUCUACCUCUUUCUCUAUUAACUACAGUAUUUUCUUGUUUUCUUACAGCCGGAUGGGACAGAACUGUUUCAUUUUGUUGAUGGAUAUCCAUCUUGGGAUGCCUACCUCAAAAGCAUGAUGGUAGAUGGUACAUGGGGUGAUCACGUGAUUCUACACGGCGCGGCAAACUGUUUCCGAACGUGCAUCUACGUGAUUAGCAGUCUUCAGCAUCGCCAUGACGUAAUGAUCUGCCCAGAGUUUGAUGUUACUGGUAGCAACCGGCUUGUGCUGGGUCACCUGCACGAGCUUCACUAUGUUAGCCUUAUUCCACAUAACGGAAGUAAAGAUGUCUGA